AUGUCUUCUUCGUCUCAACUAAAGCCUGUUGACACAUCACCAGGUACCAAUGAAAAAUACCAUAACUCAUAUCUAGCCAUGGUUGAAAGAAAUCAAAUACCGUUGUCACGAGCGCUUUUAUGUGGCAUUCAUUUAUUCAACUAUAUCUUUCCAGGAGGGUUUGCAUCAAAAUUUAUUCGCUUACAGUACAGAACAGGCACAUCAUACAGCGGAAGAGCAUUGUAUGAUAUUGGGAUCGACGAUGGAUAUUAUGUUAUACACUGGGUUAUAUUGCUAACAUUUCUCAGAUCAUUCCUCAUGCAGUGGUGCUUUGAACCAUUUGCCUCAUACUUCUGUGACAUUCACUCCAGAAAGGCUAAGGUGAGAUUUUCUGAACAAAGUUGGUCGUUUGUAUACUAUUCAUUUUCAUUCAUAUAUGGUGCUUACUUAUAUUACUACUCGCCGUACUGGCUCAACUUCGAUCAUAUUUACGAAAACUGGCCACAUUACCAAUUAGAGUCGUUGUUCAAGAAAUAUUACCUCAUUUCUAUGGCAUUCUGGUUGCAGCAGAUUUUUGUGUUGAAUAUUGAGGAGAGAAGAAAGGACCAUUUCCAAAUGUUCAGUCACCAUAUAAUUACCUGUUUGUUGAUUAUUGGAUCAUAUUACUAUUAUUAUAAUAGAAUAGGUCAUUUAAUCUUAAUGAUUAUGGAUUCAGUUGACAUAUUCUUAGCAGCUGCCAAACUUUUGAAAUACUCUGGUUACAACAAUGCGUGCGAUUUUAUGUUUGUUUUAUUCAUGAUAUCGUGGGUGAUAUUAAGACAUGGUUUAUACAAUUACUUGUUCUAUCAGAGUUGGCAUAAAGCAUCGACUUUAAUGAGCAAUUCGGAAUGCAUACCUGGUCUAUUUCAAAAGAGAUGUUGGACUCCAACAAUUCUUAAUAGUUUCUUUUGUUUGUUGGGAGGCUUACAGCUAAUCACUUUGGUUUGGAUGUAUUUAAUUUCGAAGGUCGCCUACAAAGUCAUACUGGGAAAAGGAGCUGAAGAUGUUAGAAGUGAUGAAGAUGAUCUGGAUUACGAAGAAGAUUCCGAAAUAAAAUCUAGUGCACAUCAUUCUUCUGAAAAGAAAAGGGAUUAUCCUGAUAUUGGAAGCGACAUUAAUAUAAAAUAA